AUGAUUUAUGAUAAAUCAUCUAAUAUUUCUUCUUCAAAGUAUAACAGCCCAAGAUAGGAUUAUAUGGACAAUUUAUUGUAAUAUUAAAAUUCUAAUAAAAAAGUGAGAAUAAUAGUGAUCGCAAUAGUGUAAAUGAUAAAAGAAAGUUUGGGGGUACAAAUAGAUAGAAAAAAAAGUAUAAAAGACAUAGCAGGGUUUUUGAUGAUGAUAAUCUAUAAAAAGAGAAACGUGUCUUUAAAUAGAGUUUAUAAAGACUUUACGAAGAGUCUUUUAUAAAAAAUAUCAUAGACAAUUCAUAUAUAAAAAAAAUAGGCUCAUUAAGUACAUAUCAAGUUUAAGUACUUGAUGAUCUUUAAUUUGGAACAGAUAAAUAAAUAGAUGAUAUUGAUAAUAUUUUUUACAGUUUCUUUUCUAGUUAUUUGGAUAAAAUAUCUGUCAUAUAUCCAUAAAGUAAUUUUAAAAUAUUUUGGAAUACAAUAUAAGUAUCAACUUUUAUUUUGAUAUUUUUGUGGUUGCCUUAUAAAUUAGCAUUUGAAACUAAUUAUAUUUCAUAAUUUUAUGAUGAAGAAAAAAAAAUGUCAAUAGAAAUAGCUUUAUUUGUAAUAUGUGCAUUUGAUAUAUUUAUUUGUUUGAAUGAAGCCUACAUUCAUAAAGGAAUUAUUAUAAAGUAAUAAUAUUAUAUUGAAUUAUUUUAGUCAGAGAUAUCAUAUAAUAAUGAAUUAUUUAAAAACUACUGCAUUAGCAGAUAUGAUAAGUAUAUUUGCAUUACUUUAUGAAUUAAUCAUAGUACAUUAAUAUGAAAAUUAAUUUAUAUCUUUAUAAAUAUGUUUGUGUUUGAUUUUUGGAUUAAUCAAAACCUUUAAAAUGAAAUAGAUAUUUAAUUAAAUUUAAGAAUACUUUAAUAUCAAGGGUGUAUUAAAAGAUUGUUUAUAAAUGACUCAAAUAAUAUGUGGAUUAAUAUAUUUUAUACAUUUGGCGGCAUGUAUAUGGCAUGGAUUAGGAUAGCCAACUAGUAAAUAUACAUGGUUAGAUAUAAAUCAUUUGAGAGGAGCUAAUGAUAGUAUUAGAUAUGCAGAAUCAUUGCAUUGGGCUGCAAUUUAUCUUACUAAUGUAGGAUCAACAGAAAUUAAAAUAGCUAAUAAUGAUGAAAAGUAUUUUGCUGCAGCUAUGUCAUUUUUAUCUUUAUUUUUAAUGGGUAUAAUAGUAGUUUCUUUAGGAUUUUUCUUCCAUAAAUCUCAAAGAAAUUAAAUUUAUUCAGAAUCAAUGAAAUUAAUGAAUAAUUUUAUGUCAAUGAAUAAAAUUGAUUUUAAUUUACAAGUUCGUAUUAGAAAUUAUUUAGAUUAUAUUUGCAAAGUAAUUUUAAUAAAUUCUAAAUUAGGCAGAAUAAUCAAUGAUUGAUGAAAAUGUUUCAAAUAUUGUAAGUAAAUUAUCAGAGAGAUUAUAAGCAGAAUUAAAAUAUUAAUUAAGAGCAUCUAUAUUAGAAUCAUGUGAUUUUAUUAAAAGGAAUUUUUCAAUUAAAUUUUAAUAAGCUUUGGUUCCAUUUAUGGAAGAGAUUAAUACUAUACCUGAAGAAAGAAUAGUUGAAAUGAAUAAUAUUGAUGAUUGUUCUAUUUAUAUUAUAAAUAAAGGAGAAAUGGAAGUAGUUUUUGAAGCAAAAAAUAAAAUGAAUGUAAAAUUUAAGAGAAAUAAUAUUAAAGUUUUAGAAGUAUUUAUUGAAUUUUUUUGAUUUAGAGAAAGGAGAAUAUUUUGGCUUUUAUAGUUUUAUUACAAAUUAACCUAGAACAGCUACAAUUGUUUCUAAAGGAUUUGGAAAACUAUUUAAGAUUUCUAGAGAUAAUUUUAUAAAUCUAUUGGAUUAAUUCCCAGAUGAAAGAGAAGUCUUUUAUAUGAUUAAAGAUAAAGUGAAAAUAAAUCAAGAUUUAUCAGAUUUAUAAAUUAAAUGUUAUGGAUGUAAAGCCCAUUCUCAUAUGGUUAAUUAAUGUCCAAUAUUGCAUUUCAAUCCAAAUUAAGAUAGAGUAAUUAAAUAAUCACUCUAUCCUCAUUAAUAAGAAAGAGAUGAUCCUUAAUAGUAUUAUUUUUAUUCAUUAAUUUUAUAUAGACCAAGGAAAUCUAAAUUUAUUAAUGCUUUAUUGUAAUAAUAAAUAAUAGAAUAAAUAGCCAAAGAAUAUUAAAUGUAAUUGUUUUAAGAAGAAACUCAAGAUGGAACAUAAGCAACUCAUGUUUUAUUAUAAGAUGAUGUCUCAGAUACUGAUAGUAGAAGUAUUAUUAAUAAUUAAUUAUAGCAUAUUCAUAAAUGAGAACUCGAUCUGUCUCUAGAGUUAAUACUCACUCAAUCUUAUCAAUGCAAUAAUAAUCUUCUAAUUAUAAAAUUAAUCAACCCCAUAUACCUUAAUAAAUGGUAACCCAAUAAGCAAAUCAUCUACCCUAAGUUGAUGAAGAUGAAGUUGAAAUGAUAGAAGAUCAAGAAUAAGAUUAAGAUUAAGAACCAUAUCCUAAUUUUGAUGAAUAGAUGAAUAAUAGAAAAGAAUUUAAUCGAAAAAAUGAUCCUAAACAUACAGUAGAAACUGCUGGAUUUGGUAAUAAAUUUAAUAAAGUUUCUAAUGUUGAUCAAGAUAUUGAAAAUUCUAUUGAAUCUGAAGAAGAAGAUGAAUAUUAAGAAGAGUCAAGUGGUUAACCAUAAUAAUAAAUGGGUAAAUCUGUUUCUAAAGGAUCUUAAAGUCCAUAAAAUUCAGGAACAAAUCCUAAAAAUAUCUAAUAAAUGGCAUAGAAGGUUACAUUUAUUAAUUAAUAAUCAACUUAAUAACAAAUAAAUGUAGCAAAUCCAAAUGUUAGACCAAGAACUUCAAUCAAAAGAGGAACAACUAAAACAAAUAAUACAGCUGUAAUCUUUGAUAAUGUCUUAGCUGCAUUAUAAGAGAAUUAAUUAUUAACAAUUGAAUUUGUAAAAUUAUUCUAUAUAUAUAUAGCCUAUUAUUACUUUUCCAUCUCUUGGAGAAUUUGAUAAAAUUAUGACCUUUAGAAAAUAUUUUCCAUAACAUAAUAUCUCUGCAGUUUUAAAGUUGGUUCAAAGAUAUUAAAAACAUGUUGAACAUUUCCCCAUCUAUUCUCUUUAUUCAUUCCUUUAUACAGCAAUUUGUAGAGGUAAAGAAUUAAGGAAAAAGGCAGAAUUAGCAAAGUAGUAAUAAAAGUAAGUGUUAUAUUAUCCUAAACUAAUGAAUAAGCCUUAAAAAUAUUUUAAGUAUUAUUAUUCUUAUAAACUUGUAGGAGAUAGAUUACUUAAAGGUAGGUUUGA